AUGGCGGCUCUCGCAGCCGCGUCCCCCGUCGGCGAGGUCGCAAAGAGCGCGUCGCAUCGACCAAGGACCCCGAAAUGGUGGAAGACUGGAACGGAUGAAACUGAGUUCGAGAUCUUGCGUUUCUGCAAGGCAUGGGAGGCCGGACGGUCUCCAACUGCCGAUUGGCGCUACUUCAGCAUGCACACCGCCAUGCUCGAGAAGAACACGCCAGGACAACGGUCUGUUCCCCCAAAUUACGAUGUCUACCUAAGAGCAUUUGCGCUGGUCGCAGCUCUGUUUCAGCAGUUGAGCGACAGCCCUCCGCCUUAUGGAGGGGAGCCACCGCCCUAUAAUACCGACGACCAACUCCCACCGUACGCGCUGUCCGACCCUCUCGCGCACGUCCAGAUCCUCGGCCGUCCAGAUUUACCGAGAACCGCUCUCCCCUCGAGCAAACCCAAGUCGUCAAAUUCGGGGAUGGAUCUUAGUAUAGACUUUGGCGACACUACCGGGGUCCAGACAAGAGGAAAGAAGAACAAGAAAGCUGCCCAGAAGGCUCAGCAGGCUAAAUGGUUCGAAUCGGACAACGAAGGUGAGGGCAAUGCUGCCGGCGAUGGUGGAGAUGGUACCGGUGGAGGCGGCGACAAUGGUGGGAGUGCCGGAGGAGGUUCUGGAGGUGGUGGGGACGAUAACAAUGGGGGUGGAGGAGACGAGGACGACUGGGACUUUGGUGGUAGCAAGAAGAGCAAGAAGAAGAACAAGAAGAAACAAGAGGAAGAAGAGGAGGCGAAGAGAAAGCAAGCAGAGGAGGAAGAGAAGAAGAAGAAAGAAGAGGAGGAGGCUGCCAAUGCUGCUAAUCCUCUCAGUUGGGCCGACGAAACUAAUGACGCGGUGGCAGACGAUGACUGGACAACAGGUUUCACGACGAAGAAGGACAAAAAGAAGAAGAAUAAAAAGGCCGCCAACGAUGCUGCUGAUGAUCCGCCGCCAACGUCAGCCUUCCAAGAUAUUAGCCUUGAUGAUGCCGCACCAAGGCUGGAGUUCAGCCUCGGCGGUUCUGACAGUAAGAAAGAUUCCAGUGGUUUCGGCGCAUGGGGGAAAACGUGGGAUUUUGGUUCUCUCGACAACGACACGACGAAAGCCGAAGAUGUGACCACCAAAAAGGCAAGUGAGAAGAAAGAGGACUCUAAGGAGCUUGGGGACAACAAUCCCUGGUCGUUUGGUAACAAAUCCAAGAAGAAAACGAUGACUUAUAGCAGCGGCUUUGAUCUCGGCGACUUGAAUUCGGGCGACAACGCGUUCAGUUUUGACGGGGACAGUGGCGCUGUGAAAGACGCAGAUGAUGCCUGGGGGUUUUCGACCGUAAACAAGAAAGAUAAGAAGAAGAAAGGUAUGGACGACAAAAAGGAGGAGGCGCCCGUCCCAGCCGACCCCGAGCCCACAGGGGAGGACACCUGGGGUGGCUGGGCUACGACCACUUCAAAGAAGACCAAGAAAAAGAAAGGUUUCUCCGAAGAAGAUCCAAGCCCUCCUCCCCCGCCUGCCGCCCCGGCUGAGCCAGAACAAGCAGCUGCAGAGGACACAUGGGCCUUCACUACCAGCAAAAAGGAUAAAAAGAAGGGGAAGAAGGGGGUCGUUGAGGAACCGGCUCCUGAGACCAAAGAUCCCCUGCUUGAUACUGCAGACGCCGAUGCCGCUUUUGACUUCGCAUUUGGAACGGGGAAGAAGGACAAAAAGGGCAAGGGCGGCUUCAGCAGCUUGGAUGAUGACCUUCUAGACCUUCCUGAGCUUUCCGCUGAACCAGAAAAGGCAGCAGACGAGGGAGACGACUGGAUGUCUGCAGCUUGGGGCACCAAGAAGAAAGACAAGAAGGGAAAGAAGGGUGGGAUCGAAGAUAUCUCAAACUCUUUCGACGUCGGUUCUCCCGCAGAAACCAAAACGACCACGACCGAUCCUGUGGUUGAAGACACCUGGGCCACGUUUGGCACAACCAAAAGCAAGAAGGAUAAGAAGGGCAAGAAGGGCGCCCUGGUCGAAGAAGAGCCGCCUGCCCCUCCGCCUGCCCCCGAGGCUCCAGCCGAAGCCGACGAUCUCUGGAGUACUUUUGGGAAGAAGGAGAAGAAAGGAAAGAAGGGAAAGGUCGCGAUUAGUGAACCCUCAGUUCCAGAGCCAGCAUUUGAGGAUGAACCUGAGCCUGAGCUUCAGCCUGAGCCUGAUCCAGAGCCUGAUCCAGAGCCUGCCAAAGAGGAGCCCAAGUACGCUGAUAUCAGUGGCUGGGCCAAGCUAUCAGCGAAGGACCGGAGAAAGAAAGAGAAGGAGGCCAGGAAGAAGGGUCUGCUCAUCCCAUCUGAAGAGCCUACUCCGCCACCUCCGGAACCAGAGCCUGCAGUUGUGGAGGAAGAAGAUACCUGGACGGCUUGGGGCACAGCCUCCAAAGACAAGAAAGGCAAGAAGAAAGGAGCCGAUGAGCUCGCUGAAGAGGCUGUAAUACCCCCCGAGCCUGAAAUGAAGGAAGACGAUACCUGGGGCUUUGGCUUAUCCGCGAAAGAAAGGAAGAAGAAAGAGAAGGAGGCCAAAAAGAAAGGGCUUCUCGAGCCUGUUGAGGAGCCUCCGCCCGAUCCAGAGCCCGAGUCUCAGGCAAAGGAAGAUGACACCUGGGGUAUGUUCGGCAUGUCGGCAAAGGACAAGAAAAAAAAGGAGAAAGAGGCCAAAAAGAAGGGUUUCCUAGACAUCGACGAGGAGCCUCCACCGCCGCCGCCUCCAGAGCCGGAGCCUGAAACCGAUACCUGGGGAGGUUGGGGUGCCGUUUCUUCGAAAGACAAGAAGAAGAAAGGGAAAGAAUCCAAGAAGGGAUUCACUGAUUUUGACGAAGAACCCGCGCCUCCGCCUCCAGAGCCCGAGCCUGAGCCAGCUGCCGCCGCUAAGGAAGAAGACACUUGGGGUACGAUUGGACUCUCGUCCAAGGAGAGAAAGAAGCGGGAGAAGGAGGCGAAGAAAAAGGCGGCUGCAGCACCAUCCCCUGAUCCUGAACCCGAACCUGAAGUCGUCGAACCCAAGUCAGAACCAGCGGAAGACAAAGAAGACGAGCAUUGGGGAUCUUGGGGUACUACGACCAAGGACAAGAAAAAGGCCGCCAAGGAGAGCAAGAAGAAGGGCAUUGCUGAGGCUGAUGAACCCAAACCUGCUGAAAAGAACGAAACGCCUGUUGAGGAUGAUCUCUGGGCCUCUUGGGGCGUGAAGGGGAACGAGAAAAAGGGCGGGAAAAAGGCCAAAACGAAGGAAGAACCUCCGCCACCAGCUCCCAGCCCUCCCGCGCAAGGGUUGACGCCCGAGCCUGAUGCAACAGAGCUGCUGGAUGAUGAUGUCGGAGGUGACACUUGGGCGACCUUGACAAAAACCAAGAGUAAGGCAUCAUCGAAACUGAGCGCUGCUUCUAAACUUGCCGCAGCCGCUGAGAAGACUUCCGAGGAAGCUCCAGCGAAAAGCACAAAGGGCAGCAUAUGGGGAUUCGGAACGACGACGACGACGACGACCAAACUGAGCAAAAAGGAGAGGGAGGCAAAGACCAAGAAAGAAGAGGAAGAAAGGCUGGCUCGCGAGGCUGCAGAGGCUGCAGAGGCUGAAGCUGAAGCAGAAGCUGAAGCCGCACGGAUUGCUGAGGAAGAGGCUGCAAAAGCUUCGAAGACCAAAGUGAAGAAGACGAGCACCAACAAGGAGGAGAAGGUCGACGGCAAGAAGACCACGGACGACUAUUUCGGCUUCUGGGGUAGCACGUCAGCGUCGAAGAAGACAGCUGGCAAAAAGGAGAUAGACUCGAAAAAGGAAAUUACCAAACAGGGGGCGGCCAAUGAGGAGGACCCACUAGCCAGCCAUGCGCAGGACCUCGACCUCGGACUAGAUCUUGACGAGCCACCAGCUUCUGUGAAGAGCUCCAAGGCAAUGACCACGACUACCGCGAAGGGCAAGCUGAGCUCCUCUGUGGCAGAUCGCAUCAAGGCGUUGGAAGGCGGCAGCAAAGAAGACAGCGGAAAGAAGUCGAAGGGCACCACUGCGCUGACUAAGAAGUCUCCUCCAGCAGAAGAGACGCCACCGCCCAAAGAGGAAAAGACGACCAAGGACAAGGCUUCGGCCAUCAAGACAAAGACGACCGCCACGACUGAUUCGAAGCUCGGCAAGAAGAAGACCGCCGCGCCGGCCGUCACCGAGGAGAAGAAGUCGAAAGACUCGGUUCCUGGGAGCUUCCCCGGCGCAUUCGGCGACGAUGAUGCCCACGACGAUCUCGAUUUAGACGACCUGGCGGCAGCAUCUUCGCCCGACAAGCAGAAGCCUCAGUCCAAGGCCAAGGUUGCUGAGAAGAAAGGCACCAAAGCCAAGAGCAGCACCCCAAAGGACUCGACCACGAAGAACUUGGACCUACUGGACGAAGUCCCUCAGCCCUCCGAGCUUCCAACACCGCCGCCAGAAGAGAAGAAGUCCGUCAAGAAAGAGCGGCCGCGAGUGGAGCGAUCUGCCACAGCCUCUUGGGGAUUUUGGGGGGCCGCACCUCCUCCCAAGAAGUCGGCCAAAGACAAGCCCAAGGAGGCCGACAAGUCGCCACCGGCCAAAAAGGAAAAGUCGCCGCCUGAGCUGGCCCGGGCGAAAUCAAGCCGCACACCCAAAGAAAAGGAACGAGAGGAUAAGAAGGAGGCGGAAAAGUCAUCCAAGUCCUCUGGUUCUGACCCAGAGACCAAGAAAAAGACGGCGGCUGAGAGGCCCAAGACCACCCGAGGCCCCUCGUUCUCCAGUUUCAUGUUCGGCGGGCCACCACCGUCGGCAAUGCGGCCAAAAACCACUCGAAGGCCAAGCAGUGCAGCCAGCUCACGGCCCUCGUCCAGGCGGCAGUCAGUGGACGGCCUUGCUUCGCCUCCCCCGGAGGACGAACCUCCACUCACCGAGAAGGCCGCCAAACUGAUGGGUGUGAAGCCGAGCAAGGUCGCACGUCGUCCAUCGGUGAAAGGCAAGUCAGGUGUUCCCGAUCCAUACCCCAUUGACGAUGAUGAUAUGGUGAUGAUCCACACCCACGACAAUCCACCUGCCGUCAAUGGCGCUUCAGCGACCAAGAAUUCAAAAUCCAAGGCUUCGAAAUCAAAGAAAGUGAACAAAAAAGAUGCUUCUUACGACGACGAUGUGGUUAUGGUCGACAACCUCGUCAACGGUGAUCCAUUGGUUACCAGUGGGCCGGACGACCUCGCUUUUGUGGACCAUCCUCCGUUGAAGAGAAGCAAUACCACGUCCAAGAGAUCCAGUGGGCUUUUUGGCGGGCUUUUCGGUGGCGGUUCGAAGCGCGUUGAGGUGGAAAAGCCGAGAAUAAGAAGCAAUACCGUGACAGAUGCUGAGGACCAAGAUCUGCCGAUUCGGACCAGGGACCGAGCAAAGAGACGAUCCCGUGCCGUAGAGGGAGAAGGGUUCACUACUGACGCGCCAGCCGAUACCGAUGCCGACGUUGAAGCUCGUCGUGCCGAGCGGAGAGCGAGACGCGACGCCCGCGACCGGAUGGAAGAAGCCGAGCGGAUGGAGCGCGAGCAAAGACGCAAGGAGAGGCGAGAGCGGGAAAAGGCCGAUCUUGAAGCCCGCCAACGGAAGGCUCGUGAACGCGCCAGGCAAGAACAGGAGGAGGAAGAAAGGCGCCGCGAAGAGAAACGAGCGAGGCGGGCUGCGAACGAGGCUCGGCUUCGUCAGGAGGAAGUCGAGGCGAAUGCAGAAGCCGAGCGACGACGAGAAGAACGACGCCGCCUCCGAGCUCAAUUGGAGGCCGAGCAAGGGGACGCUCUGGAGGCGUCCAAGGAAGAACGUCGAAGGUCAUACUAUGCGGAAGAAGAGGAACGACGACGUCGCCGAGAAGAGCGCAAGGCCCGAGACAAGGACCGGGACAGGUCGGGUCGCAAAAAGUCUAGCGCCCUGGUCGAGGAAUACCAUGAGAGCCGAAGCGGGAGUGGUAAGGGGACGGCACCGCCUCCGGACAAGACUAGCUCAUGGGUGAACUCGCAAGCUGACGAGCCGCCCGAGGUGCCACCUGUGGAAGGGACCAUCCUGGAUCCCGGUGGGGAGAAACCGCGCGUGGCAGAGGAGGACACUGGCCACAAACGCAGUGGCCGACACCACGACAAGUACGCCGGCAUGACCGACGCGGAGAUUGCAGACUACCGUGCUCGACGAAAGGGAUCUCGUCGCGGCGAAGGCAAAAGUGCCAGCGGCGGCAGCGACGAGCGAGAGAAAGGAAGGGAACGGAAGGAACGAAGAAGGACGUCUCGACGCGAGCGCGACCCGGCUGACGAACGUGGCUAUGGCGGACACGGCUACGAUGAGGUCCCGGUGAAAACCUGGGACGGUCGGCCCGCUCUUGGCCGCAACGACAGCAAACGCAAGAGCUUCCUCGGAGGACUUUUCUGA